AUGGGAAUAGUUUUUGGUCGUAAUCGCAAUAAAAUGGUACAGGCUGCUACUACUGCAGUUGCGACCAACAAUAUGAAGAAUAGCGGAUCUCAUCGUAAAUUACCAGUCAAUGGCGAAGAAGACAAAGAAAAUAACGAUCAUUUACCUCAUCAUGAUGAGAAUGUUCAUCAAGGCAAGUUAUAUGCCGGUAAUCAUAACGGUAACGAUCGCGAUUCUAGUAAUGGCGAUAAAGUAACUUAUCAAGAUUCUAAUCAAGCUUGGGCUAGGCUGAAAGCAAAUGAUCCAACUCUCGACGAUGAUUUAAGGGCUGCCAUGCUAUCUAGGAAGAAAUCAUUAAAAAUUGGCACAUUUGAUUUAUGCUUAGAUCACGGAGAAUGCAAAGAAGGAGCUACUCCAGAAUUAUUAUAUAAUGCCAAAAAUUUUCGCUGGAGUUGUCCGAAAUGUGAGAAUAUCCAUUUCUUGCUUGAAGAGGAUGAGAUGCAGGAAUUGAUUGAUCACUUUCAGCAACUGGAUAUUGAUCAAGACUCCACGGUAACUUUGGAAGAGUAUAUGAAAGCAACUAAAGCGCAAUACGAGAAAGAAAGAGAGAAAUGGACAGAAGUAGAAGAGAAAUAUCAUCAGGAAAAAUUUCGAUUGAUGGAUAAGAAUUCAUCUGGUACUUUGGAUUGGUGGGAAUUUCUUAAUGCUGAAGCUGUUAAGAAAUUAGCAAAACGAGAUAAGGAAUUCUUGCUAUCCAUGUUAACUAAUCGAGAAGUUGAGCGUGCCCGAGAUGCAUUCCAAACCAUUGAUCUCGAUAAAGAUGGUGUCAUUACAGUUGUUGAAGCUAAAAGGACUUUCUCACAUUGGUUUUCUAAACUAUUAGGAAAGCAAUACUGGAAUGUAGAUAAGGUGGAGCAGGAGUUACCCGGCCAUGUUGAAUAUCAUAUUCAUUACUUGAUGCUGGGUGAUUCUGAUAGAAAUGGGAUACUAACUUGGGACGAAUACUUGUUAGAUAAUGCUUUAUAUUUUAUCUCCUGUCGUCCUAACGUGGUACAAAAUCAUUAA